CGGCCCCGCCAUUUUGUUUCCUUUCAAAACAUACAGGGAGAAAAAGUAAACCGCGAAAGACCCGAAUGUGAAGCCAAACUGGAGCAGCCCCCCGGGCCUUUCUUUGUUUCGAGAAAUAAGCCUCCCUCCCUCCCCCCCCCAUUAAACCCAAGCUGGAGCCCCCCUCCCCCGUCGGCGACUGCCCCGCCUCUCUGGGCUUUUUGAAGCCAUCCAUUCCCAUGUCUAAAGAUGUCACUGCUGGAUCUGGGGAAGCGACUGCUAGAAGCCGCUCGCAAAGGCCAAGAUGACGAAGUGAGGAUGUUGAUGGCAAACGGAGCUCCAUUCACCACGGAUUGGCUGGGAACGUCACCCCUCCACCUUGCAGCUCAAUGUGGCCAUUAUUCCACUGCAGUAGUUCUGCUUCGGGCAGGCGUGAGCCGGGACGUUCGGACCAAGGUAGACAGGACACCGCUGCACAUGGCAGCCGCCAAUGGACACUUCCGCAUCGCUGAGCUGCUGAUCAGGAACGGUGCCGACGUGAAUGCCAAGGAUAUGCUGAAGAUGACCGCCUUGCACUGGGCGACGGAGCACAGCCACCGGAACGUCAUGGAGCUGCUGCUCAAACACGGAGCCGACGUCCACGCCUUCAGCAAGUUCAACAAGUCCGUUUUCGACAUUGCCUUGGAGAAGAACAAUCCGGAAACCCUGAUGGUGCUGCAGGAGGCGAUGCAAAACCAGGUCAGCCCACACCCGGAGCGACUGCCCCCCAUCCCGGGCGUCGUCACUGUGGGCCAACCCCUUAUCUUGACCUCAGGAGAAGUGCUGAACUUCUCCAACAUCGUCUCCUCGGCAGCCGCCAAACCAGCCCCAGGCAACUCCCACGUCUCUGCUGUGCGGUUUCCCAACUCCACGACCUCUGUUCUCGCCACGCUGGCAGACAUAGCAGAAGCCCGCGGGCCCCUUUCCGGUUCCAAGAGUCCUCCAGCCCCCUCAGAGGAGACAGCGGAGGCCUGUUUGGCGGACUCCCCCUUGCCGCAGGGGGUCAGCGGCGGCAGGCAGCGCUUCAUCACCAUUGUGACCUCCAACCAGCCGAUCGUCGUCACCGUGCAGAACGGGCAGCAAGUUCUCACUGCACCUGCUGGCCAGGAGUCAGAGGAGACCGUCGUUGAAGAGCAGAGCGAAGAGGAAGAAAAGCCCCUGGCCAAGAAAAUCAAAACCGAAGAAGAUGAGAGCAGCUUGGAGGAAAGCCAGGACAGUAGCAACCGAGAGGCCUUGCAGCUGCGGCUCCGAGAGGCCAACCGCAAAGCCCAGGAAUACCGGAGGCAGCUGCUGGGGAUGGAGCAUGAGGCAGAGCAGUUCCGGCUGAAACUGGAAGCGAUGGGCGGCGAGCCCGCCGGCGGGACAGAGGGGGGGAACGAAGGUAAAUCCAGCUGAGGCAUCCUCAGAAGAAGCUUGCCAGGCCUGUGGUGGAAGCAGUGGCGCCCAUUGGCCCCACGGCGCAGACGGUAACGUUAUGACCUCCUUUUUCAAAGGGGGGAGAGCAACCGGGCGACGCUCUUGGACUCCUAUGAAAACAGGACACCAAAGCGCUCGGGAUCCCAGCGCCUUUUUUUGCACACCUUGAGCGGCCUGUAGCUUUACUUUGCCUUUCUGAGCGUGGCUCUGAAGCGCAACAAAGCCUGCCUUCGCGGCAUCCAGCAGGGUGUCUCGGACGAAAAGCGCUUUGCGAUAAGACGAGGCGGCUUCGUCGGCAGGGCCUCGCCCUUCUUUGGAGCACGGCGGAGAAGUGCUGUUUGUUCUGAACAGGCCUUUGGGGUUGUUCUCCUGCGAAGCAGGAAACGGGGGCUGAUUUGUUACCUGCCGUGCGUGGGAGACCCGCAAAACGCCUUUCCGCACAGGGGUGAUGAAUGAAACUCAGCAGAGGGUACCGGGAGUUCUUUUUCUGUGCGCACGAGGUACGCAGCAGUGGCUGCGGCGAGGACGCAGUCCAGAUUAGCCAGUUAGCUGUGCCUUAGACGCGGGCCAUCGAGGGCUGCCGUGUUCUCACUUCAGCGGUGCCGUGGGCGCCGGUCGUCCACAGCCUCCCUUCACGCCUGGACGUCUUGGAGCAGAGCUCAGAGAAGAGAGGCUGAGGAGAGGGUCUCAUUUUUUGACAGAAUCCUUCUCAUUCUUUUGACAGAAUCCCGAGUUUUGUAGGUGCAAUAAAGGUUGCAGAUUUGAGGUUUGUACUCAU